AUGUUCAGAUUUGCCACGCCUAGAAUAAAACCAAACUUUAGACUUUCUUCACCCAUCAGAAGCUCUAGGUGUUUAUCAAAUACUCCUCGUGUGCAGUUUUUUGGUAAAUCACCAUCUCAAGAAGAGCAAGCACAGGCGAUACUCAAAGUACAAAAAGUGAUUAGUGAACAUCCUGAAUUGAAACAGUUGACAUUGGAGUUUAAGGAGUUGCUUGAUAAGAAAGGUUUGUUGGCCAAUGGCAAACCUUCAAUGACCCAAAUGAUGAAGAUUCUCACCGAUAAGGACAUUAUUGCUCAUGGAACGAAAUUGAAGAAGUACUUGGACGAUAACAAGACGGGAAUAACAAAAGAGGAGAUGGCCACACUCACUGGAGCUUACAUGUUUCAAGGCAAAGACAUCUAA